AUGGCUCAAAUCCAUCAAAACAACACUGCAAGCGCCACAACUGAAAUCAGGAGAGAGGAAAUCCAAGCCGCCAUUGCAAAGGCAGUGGAGCUCAGAGCCAUCCACGCUUCUCUGGUUCGAGGGAGCAGUCCUUCGAAUUUCAGAUACCCAUCUCCUUCCCCUGUUCCGCACCACCAUACUCCUCAGUUCUCUGCCCAUGAUUACCCUGUUUUUACACCAAGUUACGAAGAAGAGCCAUUACCAGGGUAUCAACAAAUGCAAUAUUUAGACAAUCAAAGUAGUGUAUCAGAAUUUUGGGAAGAGUAUGGUCUUGGGGGAUCAGGAAAUGGAAAUGAAACCAUGAUGAUAACAGAUUACAAAAACAUUGCAAAUGCAUCUUCAAGGAAAGGAAUCCUCCCCUCUGAAUUACCCAAACUAGACUCCCAUGUCUGUCCAGCUGAAGACCAAAAAUUUGUCACCAGUACUAGGACCACUUCCCUGCUUAGGAAAUCGCCCGGAAACGAUUUCCACAAGCCAAGCAGGAGGAAAAGCAUGGGUGAUUUCAAAUCUGUUUCCUCCUGCAAUAAGUGUAAUCCUGCAGUUAUAAGUAGUGGAACUGAAAAUCCCACCAGGAACAACAGCAAGAAUUCCAAUAUCGUGGUUCCACUGACGGAUUCGCAUUCUUCUCUCCAUUCGCAGCCAAAGAGCCGCGGGCUGAGUCUUUCUUGGUUGUUUCCGAGGAUCAAGAAAAAGCACAAGAACGUGAGUUCUUCGCCAAACAGGACGGAAUCCGAGGAGGUUUCCCACGUUAUGGGAGCAACGUCGAUUGAGACGUUGAAGAGAGAGCUCAUGGAAGCGAAGGAGAGCCGGGAUAAAGCCCUGAAGGAGGUUGGAGAGAUGAAAUCUUCACUGGGAGAGCUCAAAGGGAAGUUGGAGUACCUGGAAACAUAUUGCGAAGAACUGAAAAAGGCUUUGAGACAAGCAGUAGUACAACGGAAAACAAACGAUUCCCAAGUUCCGGAGAUGCUUGGCAGCCUUCCGAAGAGAGGGAAACCCGUUUCCGUUGAGGGGGACGUGGAAAAUCCGAUGCCCGUUAGCGAGGAAGCAAUGGUGGAGGGAUUCUUGCAGGUGGUAUCCGAGGCGAGGUUAUCGGUGAAACAAUUUUGCAAAACCCUGGUUUCCCAGAUUGGAGAGACUGAUAGUACUUUGAUGGAGAACAUAGAUUACCUUCUUCAACCCUACAAACUGUCUCUGAAUUCGAAGUACUCAAGGGCAGUUUUGUAUCAUUUGGAGGCAAUCAUAAACCAAUCACUUUACCAAGAUUUCGAAAACCCCGUGUUUCAGAAGAACGGUUCGCCCAAGCUCUUAGACCCGAAUCAAGAUCGCCAAGCGAAGUUCUCUUCGUUUGUUUCCCUCCGGAACCUAAGCUGGAACGAAGUGCUGAGGAAAGGAACCAAAUACUACAGUGAAGAGUUCAGCAAGUUUUGCGAUCAGAAAAUGAGUUGCAUCAUCACUACUCUGAAUUGGACAAGGCCUUGGCCUGAGCAGCUGCUCCAGUCAUUCUUUGUGGCUGCAAAAUGCAUCUGGUUGCUCCAUCUGCUUGCUUUCUCGUUCGGUCCGCCUCUGGGAAUCCUCAGGGUUGAAGAAAACAGAAGUUUUGAUCCUCAUUUCAUGGAGGAUAUUUUCGUCGAUCGACAAAGAUCGCGCGGUCCGAGCCGGGUGAAGAUUAUGGUAAUGCCGGGGUUUUAUGUAGAGGACAGGGUCCUUAGGUGUAAGGUUCUUUGCAGGUACAAAUCUGUGGCCUGAGUCAAUUUUUUUUCCCUCUGUACUUUCCUUUGUCUUUGGGCUAAUGUAGAUUGGUAACCAUUCAUGUUGUUGUAUCCAUUGCUCGAGCAAAGCUAGCGCUUACCUUAGCUCA